GAGAUAUCCCUGUUCGAGACGAACAUUCGUUUCAUGGGAAGUCUGCUGGCCUGUUACGCUCUCACCGGGGACGUGAUGUUCCGGGAUAAGGCGGCUCAGCUCGGCGAACGGAUGUUGCCUGCUUUCCAGACGGGAACCGGAAUUCCUCACUCCCUCAUCAAUCUCCAUACCGGGGCGAGCAAGAACUACGGCUGGGCGAGUGGCGGGUGCAGCAUCCUAUCCGAGAUUGGCACGAUGCACCUCGAAUUCACCUACCUCAGUGACAUCACCGGCAAUCCGGUUUUCAAGAGCAAGGUCGAGAACGUGAGGAAAGUGUUGAAGAACCAGGAGAAACCAAAAGGACUGUACCCGAACUACAUCAACCCCAAGACGGGCAACUGGGGACAGCAUCACAUGUCGCUGGGAGGUCUUGGCGACAGUUUCUACGAGUAUCUGUUGAAAGCAUGGAUCCAGUCCGGGAAGGAGGACGUCGAAGCCAGACAAAUGUACGACGAAGCGAUCGCGGCCAUAGAUCAACACAUGAUCAAGACGUCGCCAGGCAAGCUGCUCUACGUGUCGGACCUGAAAUACGACAGGCUGGAACACAAAAUGGGUCAUCUGGCGUGCUUCGCUGGCGGUAUGUUCGCAUUGGGCGCUAAAACCCUGGAAAACGAAUUAUCUGAAAGCUACAUGAGGAUAGCCGCUGGUCUCACCCACACGUGCCACGAAUCCUACGAUCGAAGUUACACGAAACUCGGACCGGAAGCCUUCCACUUCAUCGAGGGCAACGAAGCGAAAAGUUUAAAGAACGGCGAAAAGUACUACAUUCUUCGACCGGAGACCUUCGAAUCGUACUUCGUGAUGUGGCGGCUGACAAAGGACCCGAAGUACCGUGAGUGGGGCUGGGAGGCUGUUCAGGCGCUCGAGAAAUACUGUCGUGUUCCAGGAGGCUUCACCGGGCUCCACAAUGUUUACCUGGUCGAACCGCCACAGGACGACGUCCAACAGAGCUACUUCUUCGCCGAGACGCUCAAGUACCUCUACCUGCUGUUCAGCGACGACGAUCUCAUAAAUCUAGACGAAUGGGUGUUCAACUCCGAGGCGCACGUGCUUCCCAUCCGGGGUAACCCCCUGUACCGGCCGGCUCCCUCUUUAUAAUUCAAAGGAACCCUCACACCUCGAGGAAACGACGCACCUACGAGGCAGCAGCACCGUUCUAACAGCUCGAAACACCGGAAGUUCUCCGCAUCUUACAAAGGAGCGAGAGCAACGCGGGAUAGAACCACGGGAAAAGGAAGAAGAAUCGUCAUCGACUCGUCCACGUGGAACGAGAGCAAUGUCAACGGGAAAAUUCGACGGUGAACUCGAGGAACGGGAAGAACGGUGAACGUUUCUGGAUUAGGGAAUAGGGAAAAAUGAGAAAAGGGAGAGAUGGGAAAUGUAACGGGGGAAAGAGGAGAAAGAAGCAAAGGAG